AUGCUUUGGAUAUUUGAUGAAAUAAGUAAAUUUUUCAGAUCUAAUUCGUAUUAUAUUAAUCAUUUGUAUGUUCUCAAAAAAUUUCAUGAUGUAGAAGAACUUAUUAUUGAAGAUAUAAAUAGAAAAAAUGAUAGAACAAAAUAUUUAUGCCGUUCUUAUUUUACUUAUCAUGACUUGCAAGAGAGGAAAAAUGUGAAAUAUUUGCAUGAUUAUAUUAAAAACUAUAACAAAAUUAAACAAUAUGUAAUUUCUGAUAAGACUGAUUGCGAAAAGUAUAGAAAAUACUUUGAAUUUAUUAAAACAUUAUACGAAAAGCAUAAAGAGGAAUGUUGUAAAUAUUGGAACACAGAAUGCCAUAAAUAUUUUAGUUGUGACCCAUUUUAUGAUCCAAAUAAUAUCUUGUCUGUAUUAGAAAGUUGUGAAAAUGGAAAAUUCAAUGGAAUGUUAAGCGCAAAAGUUAAAUCUGUGUCUAAGGAUUCCGAAAAAGAAUUUAAUAUGAAAAUUAAAAAUGUAAGGUGCGUUGCUUAUAAGUACGAAGAUUAUGGAUUUCUUUCAUGUUUUGACUCGCCAUUAACCCAUAAUGUUACUAUUAAAGGAAAUGAAAAGGUAACUUGGAAUACUGAAAGUGGAAAAUACAUUCCAUCAAGAAGCAGGGGAUUAGAAUUUUUCACUAGAUCAACAAUAGGAAUACCAAAAAAAUUAUAUCCAAUUAAGAAAGAUAAAGGGAAAAAGAAUAAUCAGAUGAAGACAACAGAUGUUAUCUUGGGAAUGAAAAACUCAAAGUGUAAAAUUACACGUGAAAAUAAAGCAAAGGGUAUCGUAGAAUUGAGUUGCAAUGAGACUUCUUCUACUAAAAGUGCUAAUAUUGUUGAUGGUCAGGAAGUAUCAGGGAAAGAAGUGCUUAAUGUUGUGCCUACAAAAGGGAAAAUAAAUAAACCUGAUGAAAGAUUAGUAUGGAAAAGGUUAAAACAUUCUAAAGAAGAAGCUUGCUCUACUGAUUUAUUAGGAUUCUGUGUUGACCCCCAAAACACAUAUAAAAAUAAAGCAAGGGAAGAAAAAAUAGAAUACAAAAGUUCAUAUACGGAAAAUGAAAUUCCAAAUGAUAGCAAUACAAUCUAUUUUGAUAAUUCUGAAAAGGAAAAUAGUAUUUUAAAUUCUCUAUACACCAAAAUAGGACUGGUCUCUGCUCUUGUUCUUGGAUCUUUUCUCGUAAAUAAAAAACAUAUUUAA